AUGCAGCCCGGGUGUACCGUUAGGAACGUAAAAGUACACUCAUUGGGCUCACUGCAGUGCUCAGUCAAUGCGGACAUCAACGCCAGCAAUGUGGAUCUGCCCCUGUCUCGUUUUUGUCUCAAAGUGAAGUGUGAGACAUUUGCCAAGAAGAUGUGGCAUGAAAAUGGAGUCCACAUCUGCUUCCUGUUUGCAGCCAACACAAUGGAUAAAGGACUAGUUGGGGGCCUUGUGGAUUGCAAUGCCAUAGGUGCACCAUCUAACUUCUCAGAUGCGGUCAGUGACCCUAACUGGAACUCAAUGAACCUCUGGUCUGACUGGGAGAGGUGGGCCACUAAUUGGUUGGGAAAGAAGCCACAGUCCGUUUUGCAUGCGAGAGUAGCACAGCAGAGGGCAGACUUCGGAUUGCUGAGGAUUCCCCCACCUGAAGAGCUCAACAAGCUUGAAACAAAGAUGUCACAAGAGUGGCAGUGCAUGGUUUACCAGUUCCUCAUUGGUCAUCAUACAUGCACCACUAAUAAGAGACUAGCCACUGCUUCUAAUGGAAAGAUGGGGCAUAUCAUGCCAAGUGCCUUGGCACAUUGCCAGGGGUCCCUGUGGCUCAAAGACAGCUCAUGGCCUGACUUUGUUGAAUUCAAUCAGCCGUCCAAUAUCCAGAGGUUGCAGUGCAUUCUACAAGAAGCCAAGAAGCAAGGGCUGUCAAAGUGUAGUGCUGCACACACUGGGUCUCAUCAUGUAGAGGUUGGCGGUUUCUUGAUUAAUCAGCAUCUGCAGAAUAUACUACCUAGUCCUGUUGGCCUUACGUAUACCAAGUUUCAAGCCUGGGCAACAGAUAUUCGCUCCAGGACGGCAAUUGCGAGAGAUGAUACCCCAAUUUGGCAUGUGUCACGUGCCCACAAUCGCCCCUUGAGCUCGUUCUCUGAGCUUCUACAGCUAGUUACCGAGUUUAUUGCCGAGUCAAUAGGAAUAGUAACCUCGGUAAUAGAGAUUUUAACAACCGGUAAAACCCUCGGUAAUCUUUGGCAAUGCAAUUACCGAGACAGUGCAAAGUUGAGCUGUAAUGAGGAUACCAGAUCCACAACGAAUACAAAAGAGGGUGGGACUUUAGUCAGUGCUGCUAUACAAGUAUGCAGUACUGCUCUUCAACUGGGAAGACAGCGCGAGGCUGUGCUUCAAGAGGGGCUCACUAAGGCAAUUAAUCCUCAGCCAGCUAAUGGCUAUAAGGCUUGCUUUAGUGUCAAUAAUGCCACUGAGACGUGCUAG